AUGGCUGGGGUCAACGAAAAGGAAAACUUGAACACCGUUAGGGGUGAUUUAGAAAAACUUUAUGAUGAAGCAUUAUCAUUGACACUGACACUGGCACUGCCUCAAACUAUCCUGUCAUCACAAUCUUUGAAGGAGAUCAAGGAUGUAUUACUAAAUGCUACACAGAAGUCGUCCGAUUCGGGUUUUCUUUAUACCAAACUUACUACAGAGCCAGAACGAUUUCUACAAUUAGCCAAGAAUCUAGAUGAUACAACAAUCUUAUUGACUAUAGUGGAGCUGAAAAAACCAAUUAUUACAACCCCAGAUAUUCAAAAGAUUCUUUCCGCCUUGCGCAUCAAGAUUAAGGAUGGAGAGAAGGAAGAAAGUCUAGCAAAUUGCAAGUUCUAUCUACAGCUUUAUGCUUCAUUAAUCACACAGACAAAAAUAGUCAAUACCCAACACAUUGGUCUAUUUCUUACAUUGGUCGGGAAAAUAGCCAAAGUAGACCAUUUAGUCUUGAUUAUUGUUGUGCAAUGUUUGCAAAUAGAGAAAGCAAAUACUAUUGAAGCCAUCAAAGAUUAUCUCGAAGUGCAAAUUGGAGAUGAAGCUGAUGAUGUUGGUCGAACAAGUGGCGAUAGUGACAGUGGUAGUGGUAGUGGUGGUGGUAACAUCAAAAACAAUGAUGAUGAUGAAAAUAUACCUUAUAUUGAUGGCGCUUCUUUCAAAAACUUUCUCGCCGUGGUUGAGAUGUGUUUUCCCGUAAUUCCCGAGGAAACCACUCAAAUAUAUACAAGAAAAAGGACAAAAGAAUAUUUUUUGGAAAAAAAACAUGAAAAAACUUUUUACAUACCUAUUCUAAAGUGCAUGUCAGCCUCAUGCAUAGUUGAGAAUUGCAGAAAAUUCAACGCUGACAACUACAAAAACUUGAUGGAAAAUUCGUUUCAGUCAUAUGACAAACCAGUGAAAGUGUUGGCAAGCCUUGUUUUGGCCAAAGAAUGGAGUUUUAUUCAUCAGCUGCUAAAUAAUAAAAAAAUCAAGAUAACAGACGUUGCUGAUUGUCUCAUGUUGUACAUCGAAGGUGAGUCUGAGAAUGAUAAGGACCACGAAAACUAUAUCGACUUUGCCGUUGAAGGUUUAACAUAUGUCAGUUUGUUUUGGGAGGCUCGCGAAUGGAUGAGAGUAGAUGUUUCGUUUGUUGAAAAACUCUUGGAUAUUUUCCAACGAUCAUCCAAGUCAACAAACAUUAACACUUCCAUCCAAUAUGUCGUGUUAACCAUCUUGGCAAAUUUGACUAGGUCAAAAUCUAGGACAUCUUCACAAUACCAAGGCUCACGCAGUGAGUUGAAACAGGCAGUGAUGCCGAAAGUUGGUUCAGACAGCAAUGAGGAAAAAAUUGAUGGUAUCCGAUUGUUCAACGAAGAGUUACUUAAAGAUGACGAGUUAAUUUCUAAGCUCAGCCUGGUCAAAACCUACGAGUCUUCGAGCAAAAAUAUCAUGAAUGCAGUUGUUGAUAUAAUCUACAACAUUUCCAGCGAUCAGAAAAAAAGUGUGCGAACAGAAUUGGUGAAGCAAGGAGCUUUAACCAUUAUCGUGAACUACUUGAUUAAGAACAGCAAGAUUGAAAAAGUGGAAAAGAGACUUUUGCCAACAAUUCCAAAUGAUGCUCAACAAGCCGAGAUUUAUUUGAAAGCUUUGCAAAGUCUUGCACGGAUGAUGAUCAGUGUUAAUCCUGAAAUUGCAUUUAAAAACUAUGACGUGAAAACAACAAUCCCAUUUCUUACACAACUUUUGGGAAACAACGAAAAUAUUAACGACAAUGACAGCAACAAUGACAACGACAACAAUGACAACGACAACAAUGACAACAACAACAACAACAAUAACCUUGAAUUAACUUUAUUAGACAAGUACGAAUCAUUAUUGGCAUUGACCAAUGUGGCCUCCAUCGAGAAUCCUUCUUUGCGUGAUUUCAUAAUCACCGAAUUUUUUCCGUACGUGGAUGACCUUAUCCUUUCUAGCCACCUUCAACUUGCUACUUUUCAACUUCUUAGUAAUUUGAUCAAUCGCCCGGUCUUACUUGCCAAGUUCUUCAAUGUCGAGCAAACCAAAAAUAAAGAACGAUUACUGAUUACUUUAAAGUUAUUCAAUUCAGUAGAGGUGAAUUUACAAGUUGCUGUUGGGAAAUUCUUGGUCAACGCUACAGAGUUUGACAUGAUUGCUGAGGUGCUAGUUUCCACUGUGACUAUUCGAAAUGAGCUUUUGGAAAUUUUGGUGAGCAUUUUAGACCGGCAAUUGGGUCAUAGUGGUGAUGAAAACAAGUCCAACAUUAGCAGCCACAACAACAAUAGUGCAAGUGGGGAUCAAGAACAGAAAGAAUUGAUUAUUGUCGCCUCGUAUUUAUUGGUCAAUUUAGUAUAUGCCGCUGCAAAUAAAGAUCUCUCAAUACUUGCGGCAAUAAGGGACUACAAAGGUCUCAAAGGUGCAUGUAAAGAGAUUUUGACCAGGGGAAGUCCGGAGGCUAAGGAAGCAAUGCACAGUGUUGUUGAGGUUUUGGAAUUCAAAUAA